CACAUUUCGCCCAAUCUGUGUUACCAGCAGCAACAGAGAGAAUCGGCUCGCAUUCAUAGGUGUCAUUGGCACAGAGCGGAGCGCUGGCUGUCAUCCUCAACAAAGGAAUGGUUUGAGCGCACUGUCUCCAUGGUGAUGCCGUGUAUUAGACAUAUAUCAUCCAUAGGUUGUGCCAUGCAUUCAAGGAAUACGUGAAUAGUGUGUGCCAGAAGAAGCCUUUUGCGCCAGUGUGCGCAUUUGGAGAGGCGCAUCAGCCGUGAUCAGACUGCAGCUUUACUGGAUCGUCCGACCUUGCGUUUGCAUUUAAUUUGGCUCUUUUGUUCCCAGCCUUUUCUUCUGCUGAUAUAUAAUGUUGCGCUUCACAGAUGGCAGGCUGCUUGUCGGAUUGUUCUUUUUGGGUUUUUUGCACAGUUUUGAGGUGGUUCUUCCAGCAAGGGCAAUAGAUGCUCCAAAAACCUGCAGCCCCAAGCAGUUUGUUUGCAAGGAUCAGGUGACGUGUAUCUCAAAGGGUUGGCGUUGUGACGGGGAGAAGGACUGCCCGGACGGAUCGGACGAGACCCCAGAUGUCUGUCCUCAUAACCGUGUGUCCCAGUGUCCUCCUAAUGAACAUCAGUGUCUGGGUUCAGACUUGUGUGUUCACAUGAGCAAACUGUGUAACGGUGUCCCCGACUGCACUGAUGGAGGAGACGAGGGACCGCACUGCAGAGAACUGGCGCUCAACUGUACUCUCACUGGUUGCCAGGACAACUGUGCUGUCACACGCACUGGCUCCAUGUGCUACUGCAAGAGCGGCUAUGAGAUCAGCCAAGAUGGAAAGACCUGUAAAGAUUUUGAUGAGUGUACGGUGUACGGCACCUGCAGUCAGACGUGCACAAACACAGACGGCUCGUACACCUGCUCCUGUGUGGAAGGUUAUCUAGUUCAACCAGACAAUCGCUUCUGCAAGGCCAAGAAUGUGCCUGUGGAUCGUCUCCCCGUGUUACUGAUUGCGAACUCUCAGAACAUCCAGAUCACGUCUCUGAGUGGCUCCAGCAGCCCGUCACUCUACAUAAGCACAAAACAGACCACAGCCAUGGACUUCCUGUACGCGCAGGAAACAGUGUGCUGGAUCAAUGUGGGCGACUCCCCCGCGGGCACACGACUAAAGUGCGCUAAGAUAACAGGACUCAAGAGCUUCACAGAUGAGAGAACCAUCAACAUCUCCCUCAGCUUACACCAUGUAGAGCAGAUGGCAAUAGACUGGCUCACAGGAAACUUCUACUUUGUUGAUGAUGUGGAUGAUCGAAUCUUUGUAUGCGAUAAAGAUGGAACCACAUGUGUGACACUGUUGGAUCAAGAACUCUUCAACCCUAAAGGCAUUGCUCUGGACCCAGCUAUGGGAAAGGUUUUCUUCACCGACUACGGGCAGAUCCCAAAGGUGGAACGUUGUGACAUGGAUGGACAGAACCGAACAAAGUUGGUGGACAGUAAAAUUGUCUUUCCGCAUGGCAUCACCCUGGACUUGGUCAACAGAUUGGUCUACUGGGCUGAUGCUUAUCUGGACUACAUCGAAGUUGUGGACUAUGAGGGCAAAAACAGACACACCAUCAUUCAAGGCCUGUUGAUUGAGCAUCUUUAUGGUCUCACAGUGUUUGAGAACUAUCUAUAUGCCACAAACUCAGACAAUGCCAACAUGCAGCCUAAGACCAGCGUGAUCCGCGUCAAUCGAUUCAACAGUUCAGAUUAUCAGGUGGUCACCCGUGUUGACAAGGGAGGAGCUCUACAUGUUUACCACCAGAGACGACAACCCCCUGUGCGGAGUCACGCCUGUGAGCCAGAUCAGUUUGGAAAAGCUGGAGGUUGUUCAGACAUCUGUCUGUUGGGCAACAGCCACAAGAGCCGGACGUGUCGCUGUCGGUCUGGCUUUAGCCUGGGCAACGAUGGCAAAUCGUGCAAGAAGCCUGAGCAUGAGUUAUUCCUGGUGUACGGCAAGGGUCGUCCAGGCGUUAUCCGUGGUAUGGACAUCAACCCUAAAAUUCAGGAUGAAUAUAUGAUCCCCAUCGAGAACCUGAUGAACCCUCGAGCUCUGGACUUCCAUGCACAGAGUAACUUCAUCUACUUCGCUGAUGCCACCAGUUAUCUGAUUGGCCGACAGAAGAUUGAUGGCACGGAAAGAGACAUCAUUCUUAAAGAAGGUGUUUUCACUGUCGAAGGAAUCGCUGUUGACUGGAUGGCCAAUAAUCUUUACUGGACAGAUGAUGGUCCCAAGAAGACCAUCAGUGUUGCUCGGCUCGAGAAAGCUUCUCAGACCAGGAAGACUCUCAUUGAGGGCAAGAUGACCCAUCCUCGAGCUAUUGUGGUGGACCCUCGACACGGCUGGAUGUACUGGACUGACUGGGAGGAGGACCCAAAAGAGAGCAAGCGUGGGAAGAUUGAGAAGGCCUGGAUGGAUGGAACCAACCGGAACGUUCUGUUGACUUCUAAGACUGUUCUGUGGCCCAACGGCCUGAGUCUGGACAUUCCUCAGGGCAUCCUGUACUGGGUGGAUGCUUAUUACGACCGAAUCGAGAUGGUCUAUCUCAACACCACUGCACGGAAGACGGUUUAUGAUGGACAAGAGCUAAACCACGCCUUUGGCCUGUGCCACUACAAACACUUCCUGUUCUGGAACGAGUACCGCAGCGGCAGCAUCUAUAAACUGGACCAGAACACCAAAACAGUCACUUUGCUACGCAACGAACGGCCACCCAUCUUUGAGAUCCGCAUGUACGAUGCCCAACAGCAGCUAGGAAGUAAUGUGUGUAGAGCCAAUAACGGCGGCUGUAGUAGUCUGUGUUUGGCCACUCCCACAGGCAGGUCAUGUGCCUGCGCUGAGGAUCAAUUACUGGAUCCCGCAGACAAUACCAGCUGUAAAGGUAAUGUACACUAGCAAAAUAUCCCACCACCGCAGUGUCAGCCGGGAGAGUUCGCCUGUAAGAAUAACCGCUGUAUUCAAGACCGCUGGAAAUGUGACGGGGAUAAUGACUGUCUGGAUAACAGCGACGAGGCGGCUGAACUGUGCCAUCAGCACACAUGCCCUGCAGACCGCUUUAAGUGUCAAAAUAACCGCUGUAUCCCAAUGCGUUGGCUGUGUGAUGGAGACAAUGACUGCGGCAAUGAUGAAGAUGAGUCUAACACCACAUGCUCAGCUCGGACAUGUCCUCCCAACCAGUACUCGUGCGCCAGUGGCCGCUGUAUUCCCAUCUCCUGGACGUGUGACCUGGAUGAUGACUGUGGGGACCGCUCCGAUGAACCUCCAUCCUGCGCAUACCCAACCUGUUUCCCGCUCACUCAGUUCACCUGCAAUAACGGACGCUGUAUCAACAUCAACUGGCGCUGUGAUAACGACAAUGACUGUGGUGAUAACAGUGAUGAAGCUGGCUGUAGUCAUUCAUGCUCCAGUGCUCAGUUUAAAUGUAACAGCGGUCGCUGUAUACCCGACUACUGGACCUGUGACGGAGACAACGACUGUGGUGACUACAGCGACGAGACCCAUGCCAACUGCACUAACCAGGCAACCCGUCCUCCCGGUGGCUGUCACACGGAUGAGUUCCAGUGUCGUGUGGAUGGGUUGUGUAUUCCCCUCCGAUGGCGGUGUGAUGGAGACACUGACUGCAUGGAUCUGAGCGAUGAGAAGAACUGCGAGGGUGUAACACACAUGUGUGAUCCAGCAGUAAAGUUUGGCUGCAAGGAUUCUGCGCGGUGUAUCAGUAAGGCUUGGGUAUGUGAUGGUGACAGCGAUUGUGAAGAUAACUCUGAUGAAGAUAACUGUGAGGCGCUGGUGUGUAAACUCUCCCAUCAUGUGUGUGCUAAUGACACCAGUAUUUGUCUGUCCGCUGAGAAACUGUGUGAUGGCAAAGAUGACUGUCCUGAUGGCUCCGAUGAGAAACUCUGUGAUCUUUGUUUUGUUUUUAAUGGUUGAUUGAGUUGUUACUGUACAGUGGCUCCGGGUGAGGGCAUUCUGUGCUCGUGCCCACUGGGAAUGGAACUGGGCACUGACAACAAAACGUGUCAAAUCCAGGGUUUUUGUGCGAAACACCUGAAGUGCAGCCAGCGCUGUGAACAGGACAAGUUCAAUGUGAAGUGUUCCUGCUAUGAUGGCUGGGCCCUCGAACCUGACAUGGAGAGCUGCAGGAGCACAGAUCCAUUUAAACCAUUCAUCAUCUUCUCCAACCGUCAUGAGAUCAGACGGAUUGAUCUUCACAAAGGAGACUUCAGUGUGUUGGUGCCAGGCCUGAGGAACACCAUCGCACUCGACUUCCACCUCAACGAGAGCUCGCUCUACUGGACUGAUGUUGUUGAGGACAAAAUUUACCGUGGAAAGCUGUCAGAGAAUGGUGCACUGACAAGUUUUGACGUGGUGAUCCAGUAUGGAUUAGCUACUCCUGAAGGUCUGGCUGUAGACUGGAUUGCCGGAAACAUCUACUGGGUUGAGAGUAACCUAGACCAGAUCGAAGUGGCCAAACUGGACGGGACCAUGCGCACUACUCUACUAGCUGGAGAUGUGGAGCAUCCGCGGGCCAUCGCCCUGGACCCCAGAGAGGGAAUCCUAUUCUGGACAGACUGGGAUGCCACAAUGCCCAGGAUAGAGGCUGCAUCCAUGAGUGGACAUGGCAGACGCACCAUCCAUAAGGAGACGGGCAGCGGAGGAUGGCCCAACGGACUGACUGUGGACUAUCUGGAGCGCCGUAUUUUGUGGAUUGAUGCCAGAUCUGAUGCGAUCUAUUCAGCCAAGUAUGACGGGUCGGGACUGAUUGAGGUGCUCAGAGGACAUGAGUAUCUCUCGCAUCCGUUUGCUGUGACUAUGUUUGGAGGAGAGGUUUACUGGACAGACUGGCGGACAAACACACUGGCCAAGGCCAACAAAUGGACUGGAAACAAUGUCACUGUGGUUCAGAGAACAAACACACAACCUUUCGACCUGCAGGUGUACCACCCAUCUAGACAACCGCAAGCGCCAAACCCGUGUGCUGCUAACGGUGGUUUGGGUCCAUGUUCUCACCUGUGCUUGAUCAACUACCAUCAGACCUUCUCCUGUGCCUGCCCACACCUCAUGAGACUGAGUGAGGACAACCACACCUGCUACGAGUCGCGUCAGUUUCUGCUGUACGCCCGUCAGAUUGAGAUAAGAGGAGUGGACAUCUAUAAUCCAUACUACAACUACAUCAUCUCCUUCACUGUCCCUGACAUCGACAAUGUCACGGUUGUGGAUUAUGAUGCUCUGGAGAAGCGCAUCUAUUGGUCUGAUGUUCGGACUCAGACCAUCAAGAGGGCCUUCAUCAAUGGCACAGGAAUAGAGACGGUGGUGUCUGCAGAUAUUCCCAACGCACAUGGUCUGGCCGUGGACUGGGUGUCACGUAAUCUCUUCUGGACCAGCUAUGACGGCAAUAAGAAACAGAUCAACGUCGCCAGGCUGGACGGCUCCUUCAAGAACGCUGUUAUUCAGGGCCUGGACAAACCCCACUGCCUCGUGCUGCAUCCCAUACUGGGGAAACUGUACUGGACUGAUGGAAAUAAUAUCAGCAUGGCCAACACUGAUGGCACGAACCGUACUGUGAUCUUCACCAAUCAGAAAGGACCAGUGGGUCUGUCCAUAGACUACGACAAGGAGCACCUGUACUGGAUCAGCUCAGGAAACAGCACCAUUAGCCGCUGUAAGCUGGACGGAUCAGGACUGGAGGUGUUAGAUGCGGUCAAAAGCAAACUGAACAAAGCCUCUGCGCUGGCAAUCAUGGGGGAUAAGCUGUGGUGGGCAGAUCAGGGCACGGAUGAGAUCGGCACCUGUGAUAAGAGUGAUGGAGGAGACUGGAAGGUCUUGAGAAACAGCACGUCUCCCAUGAUGCACAUGAAGAUCUACAAUGAGACCGUGCAGACAGGUUCAAACAUGUGCAGUAACAACAAUGGUGACUGCUCUCAGCUGUGUCUGCCCACGUCUCCCACCACCCGCUCCUGCAUGUGCACCGCAGGAUACAGCCUGAGGAGCGGACAGCAGUCCUGUGAGGGUGUGGGCUCUUUCCUGCUGUACUCUGUUCAUGAGGGCAUCAGAGGAAUCCCACUGGACCCUGCUGACAAAUCCGAUGCCCUUGUACCGGUCUCAGGAACAUCACUCGCCGUCGGGAUUGAUUUUCAUGCCGAUAAUGACACCAUCUAUUGGGUUGACAUGGGUUUGAGCACCAUUAGCAGAGCUAAGAGAGAUCAGACGUGGAGAGAGGACAUCAUCACUAAUGGCAUCGGCCGUGUUGAGGGCAUCGCUGUCGACUGGAUCGCUGGAAACAUCUACUGGACAGACCAGGGCUUUGAUGUGAUUGAGGUUGCCAGAUUGAAUGGCUCGUUUCGAUAUGUGGUCAUCUCCCAGGGACUGGACAAACCGCGGGCCAUUACCGUACAUCCUGAGAAAGGUUUUGUGUUUUUGAUGGAUUGGUGAAGGUGUCCACGCAUAGAAAGGUCUCGUCUGGAUGGAUCUAACAGAGCCGUGCUGGUGAACGUCAGCAUUAGCUGGCCCAAUGGCAUCUCCAUUGACUAUCAGGAGGGUUUGCUGUACUGGUGUGACGCGCGCACUGAUAAGAUUGAGCGCAUUAACCUGGAGACGGGUGAGAACAGAGAGGUGGUGCUUUCCAGCAACAACAUGGACAUGUUCUCCGUAUCUGUGUUUGAGAGCUACAUAUACUGGAGCGACCGGACUCAUGCGAAUGGUUCAAUAAAGCGUGGCAGUAAAGAUAAUGCAACUGAUUCGGUAAGUCUGAGGACAGGCAUCGGUGUCCAACUCAAAGACAUCAAGGUCUUUAACAGAGCGCGACAGCAAGGAACUAACAUCUGCAAGAACAACAAUGGCAGGUGCCAGCAGCUGUGUCUUUACCGUGGUAACGGACAGCGAACGUGUGCUUGCGCUCACGGAAUGCUAGCCGAGGAUGGUCAGAGUUGCCGUGACUACGAUGGAUACCUGCUGUAUUCAGAACGUACAAUAUUAAAGAGCGUGCACUUAUCAGACGAAUACAACCUCAAUGCACCAAUCAAACCUUUUGAAGAUCCCGACCACAUGAAGAACGUCAUUGCACUAACGUUUGAUUACCGUGGAGGAGGUGGAAAAGGAGCCAAUCGUAUCUUCUACAGUGACAUCCACUUUGGAAAUAUUCAGCAGAUCAAUGAUGACGGGUCAGACCGGAAGACAGUGGUCGAGAAUGUUGGGUCAGUGGAGGGGUUGGCGUAUCAUCGGGCCUGGGACACUUUAUUCUGGACCAGUUACACCACGUCCACCAUCACCCGUCACACUGUGGACCAGAGUCGCUGGGGGGCUUUUGACCGGGACACUGUAGUUACCAUGUCAGGAGAUGACCACCCACGGGCUUUCGUCCUGGAUGAAUGUCAGAACUUGAUGUUUUGGACCAACUGGAAUGAGCAGUCACCUAGUAUCAUGCGCGCUCAGCUGUCUGGAGCCAAUGUCCUGGUGAUCAUCGGCAGUGACGUCCGUACUCCCAAUGGACUCGCCAUCGACCAUCGUGCUGAGAAGCUCUAUUUCUCGGAUGCUACGCUUGAUAAGAUUGAGCGCUGCGAGUAUGACGGCUCCCGUCGUUAUGUGGUUUUGAAGAAUGAGCCAGUGCAUCCUUUUGGUUUGGCCGUGUAUGGUGACCACAUCUUCUGGACAGACUGGGUGCGCAGAGCCGUCCUCAGAGCCGACAAAUAUGUUGGAGGAGACAUGAAGGUGUUAAGAGCUGAUAUUCCACAACAGCCAAUGGGGAUCGUCGCUGUGGCCAAUGACACAAAUAGCUGUGAGUUCUCGCCCUGUCGGGUGAAUAAUGGAGGCUGUCAGGAUCUGUGUCUGCUCACAUCAGAUGGACGGGUCAACUGUAGCUGCCGUGGAGAGAGGAAACUGCUGGAGGACAACACCUGCAUAGCUCAGAACACGUCGUGCAGCAGUAUGGAUGACUUUGAGUGUGGGAAUGGAGACUGCAUCAAAUACACGCUCACCUGUGAUGGCAUGGCCCACUGCAAAGACAAGUCAGACGAGAAGCAGUCCUACUGCACUAACCGCGUGUGUAAGAAGGGAUAUAAGCGCUGUGUGAACGGACGCUGUGUCGGCCACAGUUCCUGGUGUAAUGGGCGAGAUGAUUGCGGGGAUAACUCUGAUGAACUCUUCUGUAAUGCAACCCUGUGCACGGCAGAUCAGUUUCAGUGCAGAGAUGGAUCAUGUGUGUCAAACUCCAGUCGCUGUAACCAGGUGCUGGACUGUGAGGACGCCAGCGAUGAAAUGAACUGCUCGGCCUCUGAUUGUUCCAGUUAUUUCCGUCUGGGUGUGAAAGGUGGGACCUAUCAGCGGUGUGAGUUCACUACACUGUGUUAUGCUCCAUCAUGGAUCUGUGACGGCGCAAACGACUGUGGAGACUAUUCAGAUGAGAGGAACUGCCCAGAUAAGAAAAAGAGAAAGUGUCCAUCAAACUUCUUUGCUUGUCCGAACGGUCGCUGUAUCCCUAUGAGCUGGACCUGUGACAAGGAGAAUGACUGUGAGAGUGGAGAUGACGAGGUGCACUGCGAUAAGUUCUGCUCAGCGACGCAGUUUGAGUGUGGGAAUCAUCGCUGUAUUUCCAGCAGCUGGGUGUGUGACGGGGCGGACGACUGUGGAGAUGGAACAGAUGAGGACAGCAGAUGCAAAAAUAAAACGUGCAGUGCGGACGCGUUCCACUGUCCAGACUCACACAAGUGUGUCCCGCAGCGCUGGGUGUGUGACGGAGACAGAGACUGUCCGGAUGGAGCUGAUGAGAGCUUGAAGGCCGGCUGUGUCUCUUCCAACACAUGUAAAGCGGGAGAGUUCAUGUGCCAGAACAGACAGUGCAUCCCCAAACACUUCGUGUGUGACCACGACAAAGACUGUGGAGACGGCUCUGAUGAGUCUCUGGAGUGCGAGUAUCCUGCAUGUAAGGCCAGUGAGUUCCGCUGUGAUAAUGGCCGCUGUCUGAUCCAGAAAUCCUGGGAGUGUGACGGAGAGUUUGACUGUCACGAUCACUCAGACGAAGCUCCCAAAAAUCCUCACUGCAACGGUCCUGAAAAGAAAUGUAAUGACACGGCGUAUGCAUGUGGGAACGGUAAAUGCAUAAGUGAGACGUUACUGUGCAAUCGCAACGAUGACUGUGGCGACGGUACAGAUGAGCUGAACUGCUUCAUUAAUGAAUGCCUGAACAGUAAACUGAGUGGCUGCUCUCAGCUGUGUGAGGACCUGAAGAUCGGAUUCAAGUGCAGAUGCCAUCCUGGCUUUAGACUGAAGGAUGAUGGGAAGACGUGUGUAGAUGUGGAUGAGUGCUCCACCACGUAUCCCUGCACACAGCACUGCAUCAACACACACGGCAGCUUCCGCUGUGUGUGUGUAGACGGCUUUCAGCUCAGCGCCUCCGACCCCACCAUCUGCAAGUCCACCUCCGAUGAGGAGCCCUUCCUCAUCUUUGCUAACCGGUAUUACCUGAGAAAGCUCAACUUGGAUGGCUCAAACUACACACUUUUAAAGCAGGGUCUGAACAAUGCUGUUGCGUUGGACUUCGACUACAGACAGCAGAUGAUCUAUUGGACAGAUGUGACGACUCAAGGCAGUAUGAUACGACGCAUGCACAUCAACGGCAGCGAUGUUCAGGUUCUCCAUCGUACGUCUCUCAGCAACCCUGAUGGUCUUGCUGUUGAUUGGGUCGGGGGUAACCUGUAUUGGUGUGAUAAGGGGCGGGACACUAUUGAGGUGUCGAAGCUGAAUGGUGCAUAUAGGACAGUGCUGGUCAACACGGGACUGAGGGAACCCAGAGCCAUAGCUGUGGACGUCCGCAAUGGGUACCUGUACUGGUCUGACUGGGGUGAUAAUCCUCACAUCGGCCGCAUUGGGAUGGAUGGCACCAACAGAAGUGUGAUCAUACAGGACAAGAUAACCUGGCCCAACGGUCUCACUCUGGACUUCAUCAAUGAUCGCAUCUACUGGGCAGAUGCCAGAGAGGACUACAUUGAGUUUGCCAGCUUAGACGGAUCCAAAAGACAUACAGUUUUGACUCAGGACAUCCCGCACAUAUUCGCCAUGACUCUUUUUGAGGAGUACAUCUACUGGACCGACUGGGAGACCAAGUCUAUCAACAGAGCUCAUAAAACACAGGGCACCAACAAGACCAUGCUGAUCAGCACCUUACACAGACCCAUGGACGUCCACAUCUACCACCCCUACAGACAACCAGAGGUCACAAAUCACCCGUGUCAGACAGACAAUGGCGGCUGCAGUAACUUGUGUCUGCUCUCUCCGGGCGGAGGUUAUAAAUGUGCCUGUCCCACAAACUUCUACCUGUCUUCUAGCCGGUGAUGGUGAAUGUUGAAUUUCAAAGUCAGCCAGUUUGUCUGCAAGAAUGAUAAGUGUAUCCCGUUCUGGUGGAAGUGUGACACUGAGGACGACUGCGGCGACCGAUCCGAUGAGCCUGCCGACUGCCCUGAGUUUAAAUGCAGACCAGGUCAGUUCCAGUGUGGUACUGGGAUCUGUACAAACCCAGCAUACAUCUGUGAUGGAGACAACGACUGUCAGGAUAACUCUGAUGAGGCCAACUGCGAUAUUCAUGUGUGUUUGCCCAGUCAGUUUAAAUGCACCAAUCCCAGUCGCUGUAUUCCUGGAAUAUUCCGCUGUAAUGGCCAAGACAACUGCGGGGAAGGAGAGGAUGAGAAAGACUGCCCGGAGGUGACGUGUGCUCCUAACCAGUUCCAGUGCACUAUAACCAAGCGGUGUAUCCCGCGCGUGUGGGUGUGUGACCGUGAUAAUGACUGCGUUGAUGGAUCUGACGAACCCGCUAACUGCACUCAGAUGACAUGUGGUGUGGAUGAGUUCCGCUGUAAAGACUCUGGCCGCUGUAUCCCAGCUCGCUGGAAAUGUGACGGAGAGGAUGACUGUGGUGAUUCUUCGGAUGAACCCAAAGAGGAGUGCGAUGAGAGGACGUGUGAGCCGUAUCAGUUCCGCUGUAAAAACAAUCGCUGUGUACCCGGCCGCUGGCAGUGUGACUAUGACAACGACUGCGGGGAUAACUCGGAUGAGGAUAAGUGUGUGCCCAGGCAGUGCUCUGAGAGCGAGUUUGCCUGCACCAGCGGCCGCUGUAUUGCUGGCAGAUGGAAGUGUGAUGGAGAUCAUGACUGCGCUGAUGGGUCUGAUGAGCACGGCUGUGAUGUGAAGUGUGAUAACGACCAGUUUCAGUGUAAGAACGGUCACUGUAUCCCAUUCCGCUGGAGGUGUGACGCCGAUGCCGACUGCAUGGAUGGCAGCGACGAGGAGAACUGUGACACUGGAGUGGGUCGAUUCUGCCCUCUGGAAGAGUUUCAGUGUAAUAACACUCUGUGUAAGCCGCUGGGCUGGAUGUGUGACGGUGAGGACGAUUGUGGAGACAAUUCAGAUGAGAAUCCAGACGUGUGCAGAGUUUUUGUUCCAGUGUCUAAACAAUGUGACGGUGUGGACAACUGUGGAGACAACAGUGAUGAACUCAACUGCCAAACUCCUGCGCCUGCGGUCUGUGGAAAGGGUGAGUUUACAUGCAGCACUGGAAAGUGUAUAAGCAUUAACCUGCGCUGCAAUUUCUUCAACGACUGUGAAGACUAUGGCUCUGAUGAGAUCAACUGCAACAAGAAAAAUUCGGGUCUAAAUGAAUGCCGUAACAACCACAGUAUUUGUGAAGAUGAAGGUCACUGUGUGGUGAACGGAACCGACUCGUUCUGCUCCUGCAAACCUGGCUUCCAGAAAACACACCCGCAAACCUGCACAGAUGUGAACGAGUGCAAGCAGUUCGGGAUCUGUUCUCACAUCUGUAACAACACUAAAGGCUCUCACAAAUGCAGCUGCUCCAAGAACUUUGUCAAAGUGAACAACACCUGCAAGGCUGACAGCAGUGACAAACAGGCUCUGUACGUGGCAGAUGAUAAUGAAAUUCGCAGUUUGUAUCCUGGAAUGCAAAACUGGAUAUAUGAACAGGCCUUCCAAGGAGAUGCCAAUGUACGAAUCGACGCCAUGGACCUGCACAUCAAAUCCAAACGGAUCUUCUGGACCAACUGGCACACCGGCAGAAUCUCAUCCUUCGAGCAGCCUUCUGCUGCACCCGCCUCUCCGAACUCAAACCGCAACCGAAGACAAACCAAUUCCAGAGUUACUGAUCUAGAGAUCCCUGGCCUGAAGAUGCCUCGUGGGAUUGCUGUGGACUGGGUGGCCAACAACAUUUACUGGACGGACUCGGGUCGUGAUGUCGUCGAGGUGGCGCAGAUGAACGGACGCAAUCGCAAGACCCUCAUCUCGGGCAUGAUUGACGAGCCCUACGCCAUCGUGGUGGACCCACCGAGAGGAACCAUGUACUGGGCCGACUGGGGAAACCACCCUAAGAUCGAGACGGCCGCUAUGGACGGCACCAUGAGAGAGACGCUGGUGCAUGAAAACAUCCAGUGGCCCACAGGUCUAGCUGUGGAUUACUUCAAUGAGCGUCUGUACUGGGCGGAUGCCAAACUCUCUGUUAUCGGGAGCGUCAGACUGAAUGGAACAGAUCCGCUCAUAGCUGUCUCCAGUGUUAAAAACAAUUUGCACCAUCCUUUCAGUAUUGACAUCUUUGAGGAUUUCAUAUACGGUGUGACCUAUCACAACAACUUUGUCUUCCGCGUCAACAAGUUUGGCAAGAGUGCAGUGGAGCAUCUGACCACAGGAAUGAACCAUGCCACAGAUUUGGUCCUCUACCACCCUUACAAACAGCCAGAGAUGACCAACCCAUGUGACAGGAAGAAGUGUGAGUGGUUGUGUCUGCUCAGCCCCAGCGGCCCAGUCUGCAUGUGUCCAAACGGCAGAAUACUGGACAAUGGCACCUGCGUGGAGGUUCCCACCCCAACACUGUCCCCUGUCUCUCCAAGUGGCACCUGUAAUCUGAUGUGUCUAAAUGGUGGAACUUGUGUCCUGAAUGCCAGAAAACAACCCAAGUGUCGCUGUCAGCCCAACUAUGGAGGAGAGAGAUGUGAGCUAAACCAGUGCAGAGAGUACUGCCAGAACGGAGGAACGUGUACCGCAUCACCCACUGGAGCUCCGACUUGCCGAUGUCUGGCAGGCUUCACAGGACCCAACUGUAACCAGCGCACAUGCGAGAACUACUGUAAGAAUGGAGGAAACUGCACAGUUAAUCGUGGAAACCAGCCCACCUGCAGCUGCCCUGCAGACUUCCUGGGAGAUCAGUGCCAAUAUCGGACAUGUGAUGGAUUCUGUGAUCAUGGAGGGACAUGUAUGCAGUCCAGCGAUGGGUCGAGACAAUGUCGCUGCCCUCCACGCUUCAUUGGCAAUAACUGUGAAGUGGACAAGUGUCACUAUUGCCGUGAUGGAAAGUGUAUUCCCACCAACAUCAACCAGCCACAUGGAGACGUUACAUGCAGGUGUACCAGUGGCAGAAUCCAGCCGAGCUGUUAUACAUGUGAAGGAUACUGUGCUAACGGGCAGUGCUCUCUAAGUGCCACAAACUUCCCACAGUGCAAUUUUGUUAAUUUGUUUUUACUGAUACUGCUGGUGUUGCUGAUUGGAGGAGCAGUAUUAUGGUACAGGAAAAGAAUGAGAGGAGCCAAAGGCUUUCAGCAUCAGAGAAUGUCAAAUGGCGCUAUGAAUGUUGAGAUUGGAAACCCAGCUUAUAAAAUUUAUGAAGGAGAGCAAGAUGAUGACGUUGGAGAAUUGUUGGAUGCUGACUUCACACUGGAUCCUGACAAGCCGACCAACUUCACGAAUCCUGUGUAUGCUACUCUGUACAUGGGAGCUCACAACAGCCGCAAUUCCCUGGCCAGCACAGAUGAGAAGAAGGAGCUGCUAUCACGGGGCGACGAGGAGCCCCUGGUGGAACCCCUGGCUUAGACUGUCCAUCAGUUUGGUCCAUACAUGGAAAAUACCAUUUGCCUUUUUGAGAAAAAGAUUUAAAAAAAGCAGAAAGAAAAUCAAUGAUUAAGUGUUAACACUGUAUAAAAUGUACAAAAUGAAGGACUACUUUUGUAUGUGAUUGCAGUAUUAUAUUUUGUUCUUUUACAAUUCCUCUGGUCACAACAAAACAUCACAACAACAAAAGAUACAUUUUUUUUUUUUUAAUUA